CUUGUCUCUCACCCAUUUCCUUUUCCUCGGAAUCUCAAAAACCAAAAGAAACGAUGUGUUAAGGAAAAGACAAGCCGGCGCACCUGGUUUUAGUUCAAGAAACUGAAGACCACUUUCUCAAAUUUCAGAGACAAUUUUCAACGUGUUAGGCGCGAGAGUUGGAUUGUGAUUCAACUGUAAAAUUCAUUGCAAUUCUCUCACUUCGAUACUCAAUUCCUACAGCAUUGCUUUUAAAACCAUCUUGGGUCUUUCAACCCACUGUUCUCGUAGCACACAAGCUGUUUGAUAAAAUAACUCAACAGGGAGUAGAAUGUCUUGCGCCACCUUUAACGUAGGAGCUUCUUUGAAUCUUCAUGAAUACACUAAGCAUGGAGUUUCUAAGCCAUUUGGGUUCAAGAACCACUGCGCUUUCCCCAAGUUUUCUUCUCUCUUCCUUGAGACCUUGAAUUUGAGUUCCACUCUUCAUAGUUUUGGUGGGGAUACGCGCUCACGUUUAUUCCAUAGUGUUUCCAAAUGUGCUGCUCAGAAUUCGGAACCAUCGCCUUCUGUUAGCGUCGGGACGAAGAACGAUUCUCGAGAAAGGGUUUCUGUUCUGGUUAUUGGUGGAGGGGGACGAGAACACGCACUUUGCUAUGCCUUGCAACGAUCACCAACCUGUGAUACUGUAUUUUGUGCCCCAGGCAAUGCUGGAAUUGCCAGCUCAGGAAAUGCUACUUGUAUCUCAGACCUCGAUGUUUAUAAUGCAGCUGCAGUAGUCUUAUUUUGCCGGAACUGGGGGGUGGGACUAGUUGUUGUGGGACCCGAGGCCCCACUUGUUGCAGGUCUUACAAAUGAGUUAGUUAAGGCUGGAAUCCCAACUUUUGGUCCAUCUGCUGAGGCUGCUGCUUUGGAAGGUUCUAAGAAUUUCAUGAAGCAUUUGUGUGACAAGUAUGAUAUUCCAACUGCCAAGUACAAAACCUUUACGGACCCAUCUGCUGCAAAGCAAUAUAUUCAAGAACAAGGAGCACCAAUUGUUAUCAAAGCAGAUGGACUGGCUGCUGGAAAAGGAGUUACUGUUGCCAUGACACUGGAAGAAGCGGAUGAAGCUGUUGAUUCAAUGCUAGUGAAGGGUGAUUUUGGUUCUGCAGGUUGUCGUGUUAUUGUUGAGGAAUUUCUAGAAGGAGAAGAAGUGUCAUUUUUUGCAUUGGUUGAUGGAGAAAGUGCAAUUCCACUAGAAUCUGCUCAGGACCAUAAGCGAGUUGGUGAUGGGGAUACUGGACCAAAUACUGGUGGCAUGGGAGCAUAUUCUCCAGCUCCUAUACUAACCAAGGAACUUCAAUCUAUUGUAAUGGAUUCUAUUAUCAUGCCAACAGUAAAAGGAAUGUCAGCAGAAGGUUGCAAGUUUGUUGGGGUUUUGUAUGCCGGGCUUAUGAUUGAGAAGAAGUCUGGCAUGCCUAAGUUGAUCGAGUAUAAUGUGCGAUUUGGUGAUCCGGAGUGCCAGGUCUUAAUGGUUCGAUUGGAGUCUGAUUUGGCACAAGUUCUGCUUGCAGCAUGCAGAGGAGAGUUGAUUGGGGUAUCACUAAACUGGUCUCCCGGGUCUGCCAUGGUUGUGGUAAUGGCAAGUAAGGGAUAUCCUGGACCAUACGAGAAGGGAACUGUGAUUGAAAACCUUGAAGAGGCUGAGCUUGUUGCUCCAGGGAUCAAGAUAUUCCACGCUGGAACUGCAUUUGACUCUGAAGGAAGAUUUAUUGCAACUGGGGGGCGUGUUCUUGGGGUUACUGCCAAGGGAAAUGAUCUUGAAGAGGCUCGUGAUCGAGCUUAUCAAGCUGUUGAGAAUAUUAACUGGCCAGGAGGUUUCUAUCGUAGGGAUAUUGGUUGGAGAGCCCUUCCUCAGAAACAAUAUGCUACAAAGGGAUAAAGUAAUCUGAGAACGCAAGUAAUGGUGGUAAAUCGUUUUAUGAACAUCUCCGAGAUAAGGAUGGCUUUUUUAUAGAUGAUGAAUCUUGUCAUUUUUAUUUUUCAGGUGUAACAGGAUUAGGCGAUGUGGUAACAUCAUGAGCCAUGGUGGGGAACCUCAUAAAAACAAACUAUUCUCCCACUCCCACCUCUUCCCAUUAAAAUAUGGUGUAUUUCCUCAAUAAAAAAAGUUAAAUUGUAUAUUAACAUGGAGAAGUUGGAUCGAGUCGGUGUAAAACAAAUUCUCCUUUGAAGUAUUGUUAGAGGUUUAGACUAGAGGAAAUUUCUUUUUUACAUCUAGAAAUUUAAUUUCACUAGUGAUUUAUAAAUCACCUUCAGAAUUUAAUUUUCAGAAUGUAUAACUUCGAAAUUUUGGAAGUGAUUAAAAAAAUUUCAAAGCGGGGUGAAUAGAAAAAAGUGGUGCAGAAAGAAAUUU